GUGGGAUUGCCCUCCCUUGACAGGGAGAGAAAACGGCGAGCAGCAUCGCAGACCCACGGACCUGCCACCAUCGCUGGCGACUUAGUUAAUAGUCCACCACCGCUUCACCGCCUUCUCUUUCCCAGGAUGGCAAAGAACUCCGCUAUCCCUCUAGGAUAGAUCAUGGAUUGCUACAGGAAGUAUGCAGCUGUCACUUUGACCAUUUUGUCUGUAUUUCUGCAUCUUCUUCAUGCUUUCCCAGAUGGAGAGUUUCUCAUGCAGGGUUGUCCAGAGUGCAAGCUAGGGGAGAACAGAUUCUUUUCCAAGCCAGGAGCACCCAUUUACCAGUGCACUGGGUGCUGUUUCUCCCGAGCCUAUCCCACUCCGAUGAGGUCCAAGAAGACCAUGCUCGUUCCAAAGAACAUUACAUCAGAAGCAACGUGCUGCGUAGCAAAGGCUUUUACCAAGAUUACCCUUAAGGACAAUGUGAAGAUAGAGAACCAUACAGAUUGUCACUGCAGUACCUGCUACUAUCAUAAAUCCUAAAGCCCGUCCCUUUGUUAUUGACCAAGGACAACGGUGAAUGGAAUAUUUGUUUUUCAGCUUUUGUUGCACCACUAUGUAAAAUUUUAUGUUUUCUGGUCAAGACAAUGGGUAGACCUUUGAAUAAGAUGGAUGGCUGGUUUAUUUCCUCUUUGCUUCUUCAUGCAUUUAAGUAAGUUUAAUUAUUUCCAUUAGGGAUAAAAUACAGCACUUGCAUGAAAACCGAAGGCUUGAUCUAUUUUUA